ACUCAGGAGUCAGACUGCUCUCUGCUGGACUGGAGGAUCCACACUGCAGACUGGAGAAACUCAAUGUGGAACAUGGUGGAGAGAACAGAAUGAAACCUGGACUUAGAAAAUAUGUCUGUGAUCUCACACUGGACCCAAACACAGUACACAGACUCCUCUCUCUGUCUGAGGAGAACAGAAAGGUGACUUGUAGGAGAGAGGAGCAGCCGUAUCCUGAUCACCCAAAGAGAUUUGAGGACCUUAAACAGGUGCUGUGUAGAGAGGGUCUGACUGGGCGCUGUUACUGGGAGGUAGAGUGGAGUGGGAGAGGGGCUGUUAUAGGAGUGACAUAUAAAGGAAUCAGCAGGACAGGAGAGGAUAAUGACUGUAGGAUUGGAUGGAAUGACAAGUCCUGGAGUCUGUUCUGCUCUGACAACAGUUACAGAGCCUGGCAUAAUAAUCAUCUCACUACCAUAGACGUCCGCCCCUCCAGCUCCCACAGAGUAGGAGUGUAUCUGGACUGGUCAGCCGGCACUCUGUCCUUCUAUAGAGCCUCCUCUGACACACUGACCCUCCUGAUCACAUUCACCUCCACAUUCACUGAGCCCCUCUAUCCAGGGUUUAGGGUUUGGUUUGACACCUCAUUGUCCCUGUAAAUAAUAACACAUACACACACUGGACACAUACACACAUUGGACGCACACACUCACACACACACACACACACACACACACACACACACACACACACACACACACACACACACACACA